AUGACUGCUUCUUCAAAUCUACCAGGUGUCAACGGUGACGCCAGUGCCAAGCCAGAUGAACGCGGUAGACAGAACGACGUAUGGAAACACGCCCCUGUACUCGUAGGCACAACCAAAUUCGAACCUCGUUCGGAUGUCAAGAACAUUAUGAUUACAGGCGGCGCUGGCUUCAUCGCUUGCUGGGUAGUCCGCCACCUCACUCUGACAUAUCCACACGCCUACAACGUUGUCUCAUUCGACAAGCUCGACUAUUGUGCUGCUCUUAACAAUACUGGCGUUCUUGGUGAAUCACGAAACUUUACCUUCUACCAUGGCGAUAUCACCAACCCCGCUGAAGUCGUUGACUGCAUGGAGCGAUACAGCAUUGAUACUGUUCUGCAUUUUGCUGCUCAAUCGCAUGUAGACCUCAGCUUCGGCAACUCCUAUGGCUUCACGCACACAAAUGUCUACGGGACUCAUGUUUUACUCGAGAGUGCCAAGAAAGUCGGCAUUGGUCGCUUCGUCCAUGUGUCGACGGAUGAAGUAUACGGCGAGGUCAAGGACGACGACGACGACCUUCUUGAGACUAGUAUACUAGCCCCAACAAACCCAUACGCUGCCAGCAAAGCAGCCGCCGAGAUGUUGGUACAAUCUUAUCAAAAGAGCUUCAAGCUUCCAGCCAUAAUCGUGCGCAGCAAUAACGUUUAUGGCCCUCACCAAUACCCAGAGAAAAUCAUCCCAAAGUUCAUAUGUCUCUUAAACCGCCAGCGACCGCUGGUGCUGCAUGGUGAUGGGAUGCCCACACGGAGGUAUCUAUACGCUGGCGAUGCAGCAGAUGCUUUCGAUACAAUCCUGCACAAGGGGCAGAUUGGCCAGAUUUACAAUGUCGGCUCGCAUGACGAGGUGUCCAAUCUAGAGCUCUCUUCGAUGUUGCUAGAUCGAAUGAAGAUUUCACACGACACCUCAGAACAGCUCCGCAAGUGGAUCAAAUACACUCGGGAUAGGCCUUUCAACGACCGCCGAUAUGCAGUUGAUGGUUCUAAACUAAAGCGACUUGGUUGGGAACAGAAGGUGUCUAUCGACGAGGGCCUAAAGAUCACGGUCGACUGGUUCACUCAGUUUGGAGAGUCUUGGUGGGGAGAUAUCAGCCAUGUGCUUACGCCCUUCCCUACUGUGAGCGACGGUGAAAUGGUCCCAGACGAUGCACGAUCAAUGCGCGACGAGCCGCUUGAGUCGCAGGAUGUUCGACAAGGCAAGCUACCGGAACAACAGACGAAGGAAGAUACCAACGGAUGUCGAGAUACAAGGAACAGAGACGACACGAAUGGAGUGCAUCGACCUAGCGACCGUCAGAUUACUGUCUGA